AUGAACUUCGAGAGCAAUAAUAUAACUUAUCGGAAUAAUCCUCGGAGAGCGAUCUCCGUAACAGACUUAUCAGACGUGGUAAAUAAUAGCGAAAAAACUAUGUUGGAUGCUACAAUGAUGAGUGUUCCGGACAGCUUCCUCCACGACACCAUUGACGAAACAAGUGAAUUGACAAGUGAAAUUAUCUUACUUAAACAACAGCUAUUCAGCGCACAUCAAGAAAUUGAUAAUUUAAACAUAGAAAACCUGCGCCUUAAAACCGAUCUACAAAACAUGAUCACAACUUGCAAUGCUUACAAAAAAAUAUGCUCAACGCCUGAGAAAAAACGUAAAGCUCAAUUCGUAACAAAACCACGCCAAAUUAAUUCUCCAAGUGACCUAAAAAACCAGGCGCGAAGUACUGAUACCUGA